UUUUUGUUUCGUUUUGGAGCAUUGGCGUAUCGGAUCAGGCUGUUGGAAACGAACCGGUGCUAACGGCGGAGACUUUGCGGUGCGCAUUAUGUCGGCCGACGCGGAGAAUAUUCGCGUCGUGGUCCGAUGCCGUCCUCUCAGCGAAAAGGAGCAGGCAGCGGGAUGCCAGGAAAUUGUGACGGUCGACACUGUUCAGGGCACAGUCUUGGUUACCAACCCAAGCGGCGCACAUGGAGUUGUACCUCCUAAGAUGUUCACGUUUGACACUGUCUUCGACGUGAAUUCCAAGCAAGUUGAAGUCUACAACCAGGCAGCUAGACCGAUCGUCGAAAAUGUGCUCGAAGGAUAUAAUGGCACGAUUUUUGCUUACGGACAGACUGGUACAGGAAAGACGUUCACCAUGGUGGGAGACCGCUCGGUUCCAGAGUUAAAGGGGAUCAUUCCAAACUCGUUUGCACAUAUCUUUGGCCACAUUGCUAAAGCUGAGGAUGACAAAAAAUUCCUAGUGAGGGCAUCAUACCUUGAGAUUUACAAUGAAGAAGCUAGAGAUCUUCUGGCAAAAGACCAAAAUGCGAGGCUUGAAGUUAAAGAAAGACCAGACAUUGGUGUAUACGUCAAGGGACUUUCAAGUUGCGUCGUCAAAACAGCAGAUGAACUGGAUCGAAUCAUGACACUUGGAAACAAAAAUAGGGCUGUGGGUGCAACCAACAUGAAUGCGCACAGCUCGCGUUCUCAUGCCAUGUUUACAAUCACUGUGGAGUGCAGCGAGUGCGGUCUCGACGGUAGGCAGCAUGUCCGUGUUGGCAAGCUUCACCUUGUCGACCUGGCGGGUUCUGAGCGUCAGAGCAAAACAGGCUCUUCUGGUCAGAGGCUACGAGAAGCUUCAAAAAUAAAUUUGUCCCUGUCAACCCUCGGUAAUGUUAUCUCUGCUCUGGUUGAUGGCAAAAGCACGCACGUGCCUUAUAGGAACUCAAAACUCACCCGCCUGUUGCAAGAUUCGCUUGGUGGGAAUUCUAAAACCUUGAUGUGCACCAAUAUUGGCCCUGCUGACUAUAACUACGAUGAAACAAUUAGCGCUCUUCGUUAUGCCAACCGAGCCAAGAACAUAAAGAACAAGGCCCGCAUCAACGAAGAUCCAAAGGAUGCCCUGCUUCGUCAGUUUCAGAAGGAAAUCGAAGACCUCAGAAAACAAUUGCAGGAAGGAGCUGACGAAUCAACACCUGAGGAUGACAGCAGCGAAGAAGCUAGCUGUGGUGAUGACAGCACUGAUAAAAAGGAUAAGCGGAAACGAAAAAAAGCCAUUUCCGAGGAGAAGAUGCGUGAAAUACAAGCGCAGAUCUUAGCUGACCGAAAAACCUUGUCAGAGAAAAAGGACAUGGCCCAGGAAGAGCGUGACCGUCUCGCUAGUGAACUUGAGAUAAGAGAACAACAGCUGAAUGCAGCAAGAGAAGAGCAAGAAGGUUUGAUGCAGAAGCUUCAUGCCCUCGAAAAGAAGAUCAUUGUGGGAGGUGAGAACCUCCUUCAAAAAGCUGAAGAGCAAGAGCGACUCUUGGAAGAGAGCGCACGAGAGCUUGAAGAGAGGAAGCGAAAAGAGGCUGCUCUCAGAGAAGCCCUGGAGCAGAAGGAGGCUGAGCGGCUGGACAUGGAGGAGCGGUACUCCACUCUGCAAGAAGAGGCGGCAGGGAAGACGCGUAAACUGAAGAAGGUCUGGGCUCUUCUUAUGAGUGCAAAGGCAGAGAUGGCCGAUCUCCGUCAGGAGCACCAGCGGGAGUCCGAAGGGCUGCUUGAGAAUGUGCGCCAGCUCAGCAGGGAACUGCGGCUCAACAUGCUCCUCAUCGAUGCCUUCAUUCCGCCAGAGUACCAGGAGCUUCUAGAGAGGUGUGUGCAGUGGAACGAAGACAUCGGAGAGUGGCAGCUGAAGUGCAUCGCGUACACGGGAAAUAACAUGUGCAAGCAGAGUUCUCCUGAUGUUGGCAAUCUUCAUGAGAAAUCUGAUCUGGACAUCUCACAUGUGUACUUGAGCUACUCUCCGGAUGGGCUGCAGAUGCCUGGCCGACACCGGUCGGGUAGAAAGUCGGCUAGACCGAAAACCUCUCGUCCAAAAUCCUCUCGCAGGGAUCACUGUGGAGUUGCUUCGGGAAGCCUCUCCCAAGUUUAGCUCCAAUGGGCACGUCGUUUUAUAUUCCUGCUUGACUCAUGCUUGGGCAAGUGCAGUGUCACUUUGCACUUAUUGUGUUUUUGGCGCGUAUUCUACCAGCUGCCAUACCAGAGGAAAAAUUACGGUGCACAUUAGUAAAUGUUCCAAAUAGAGACUGCUGCGCAACACAAAACACAGAAAGAAAAGGGUACUGCUUGUCCUUUCUUUGUGUGUUUUGUCACAUUUCGCUGCUUUAGCUUUGACUGAUAACCAUGUCCAAUGCUUAGCAUGAAUGUGGGCUUUUAUAGCCUCACAUAUAAGUACAUACUAUUCCCUAUGGAAUGUCGGAGGUAUAGACAGGAAUACCCGCGUUGGUGGCUUAAUCUUUUGAUGGUUCGACAAUGCGAGUUAGAAAAGCCCUUGUGUUGCACAAAUCAUGUCUGUGAGUGAAAAAAAAAUUUUUCAAAAAGAUUUCUAUUGCAGCCAACUUUUCAUUGGCUGCUUUAGUGGGUCAGUGGCUAUGGCACACUCAUGCUGAGCAAUAAGGUUGCAGGUUUGAUUUCUGGCUACAGUGGUUGCAUUCUAGUGGAAAUACAUUGCAGAAUUCCCAGUGUGCUGUAUGCUUAGUGCGCUUUUAAAUACCGCACUUGGUCAAAAUUGUCAAAAUUAAUGUGGAGCCCUCCACUAUGACCAUAUGAGCUUUAUGACGUUAAAUCCGACAAUGUAAUUUGGUAUUAAUUCAGUACCUUUGUGCUGGUGACUAAAUUGAGUGUGGCCAUUCAUUGUAACAAGAGUGCUGUAUAGGCUAGGUAGACACCUGGCACUGCUGUUCUUAUAUACACCUCUGAUAUUCUGUGUGGGGUAGUACAUGUACUCAAUGCACGAGUAUGAAAGGGAGAACAAGACUUCAGUGUAAUGGAGUCCUGCAUUGAAAUAACGAGAAAUAUCUGUAGGUGGCACAUUACACAGCAAACAGCAGUAACGGAGACUUGAACUACUAUCACACUUUCAAGCGUUCAAUCUUUUAUGUUGUUGCAGUGUGUGCAAAUGCCUAAGCUCUAUAGUGCCAUUAUUGAUGCUAAGCUUUCACUGCUACACGCAUAUCAUGCAAUGGCAUUGUCUAGUAGUAGCAUUUCAUUACAUCGCAUUUUUCAUGCUUUUCUAAGCGAAGGCCUAUUUCCAAUUGUGAUGGGAGGCAUGAGCCAAGAAGUGUGUGCUCUACUUGUACUACAGUCAUGCCAGUGUGAAACCAAAAUGAUAGGCCAAAUGAAACAUAUAUUCUUGCUUACUUGAACUUUUCAGUGCACAAUCGUGGUUAAACCAAGCCUUAAAGCUAAGAGUCUCCCUUUUCGUGAUAUUAAAGCCAGCUUUCCUGCAAUGCAUUUUGCUUAACUAAUGGUGGCAUGGUCUUAUCUGCAAACAGCUCGUACAAGCAAAGUUUGGUUGCCUUCAUCAUCAUCAGCCUAUUCUAUGUCUACUGUAGGACGAAGGCCUCUGCCAAUGAUCUCCAUUUCACCUUGUCUUGUGCGAGCUGAUUCUAUUUUGUGCGUGCGAACUUCUUAGUUUCAUCACCCCACCUAAGUACACAGAAAGUGUAGGCAUAACUCUCAUGAUUUAAAUAUGCGUAAGAGACAAGUGCCAGCAUGUGAAGCUAGAAAUUUGUCUUCAUUUGAACUAUGACAGGUGCUGCCAUCACUUGGGUGAACGUGCAAUGCAGAGAAUUUUUUGAAAAGUGUCUGUCACACCAUUUUCACACAUGCUGGUUAAAUCUACGGUGGGACAGAAGCCUGCUGCUUUGUCUUCUCUAAAGGAAGAAAAAUGUUAUCUACCAGAGAGCAGCAUGAAGCUUGAAAGAAAACUAAUAGUGCAGACCACUUAUAACGUAACCGCAUAUAGUGCAGGACCGGUUAUAAUGCGGUCUUUUUCGACUCCCGUUUACCCUCCCAUAGAACCGCAUGUAUACGCAUACCGCUUAUUGUGCAGUCCCCCAAGAUGAAAUGCCGUUUAUAAUGCGGUUGCAAGAAAAUAUUUCUGACAAACGCGGUAGCGAGUGCGGUUCUCAAAGGAGGUACGCCGCUGGGGAGGGUGCGACGAGGUCGUUACGAAGGGCGAGGGCACGCACAGUGAACGAACGAGGGGCGGAGGGAGGAAAAAGACCGCGGCAGCGCUGUGCGGGCUCGCCGAGUGGGGAAGGAUGGUGGUUGCCUAGGCGACGGUGUAGCCUUUGCACCGGCGGCGGCAAGGCCGCAAGGCUCCGCGGCCGCUUGCCGGCAGCGCGUUACGCGUGGAACAUACGAUCGCGUCCUCAUCAAGUGCGCUUUAAAGUAAGUUUCCUGUCGGGAAAAGCGUCGUCGUUAUCGCACUUGCUACAGAUAUCGCGUUUGCUACCUCGUCUGCAAAUUGAAAAGUUUUGCGGCUUCAUGGCGCGAGCUGCCUUUUCUGCCAGUGCGCGGACUUAAACGAGCUUGGCGGGCUUUUGUCGCCGUUGAUCUCCCAGCCGCGAACAUAAACCGCACAAACAUCGUAUCAUGCGCGCUGUUCUUGGGUUAGUGCUUGAGUGUGAUCUUUUCGACGUCCGAUCUUCAUGUUGUCUUGGAGAAACUUCCCACGACAACAUGCUGAACCGCACGCUAAGCCUAAUCAGCGUUGGUUGCUUUUCGGUAGCGGUCGCGGGCGAUGAACGCUGCGGUUUGGUGCGUAAUCAACGAAACUUUUUGCGAUGACUGCACUUGAAGGGAAGAGAAUCAUAUCGUUAAUGAAAACGAGGGCAUGGUUGGCACAUGCAACUCUCGAAUGGUGGUUCCAGAUUCGAUUGCAAUGUCUUGGACAUCGCGUGCGCGCCCGUGAAAUCGAACGAUCGGUACCGCUCAGCACGUGAAAUUUCGGUCGCGAUUCGACAUGGUUUCUGUGUAAUGCGCAUACCUCGAGGUGGCCUGAAACGUAGUCGGCGAAUUUCCGCGAUGGCACUUUGUUUUGUUUGCUUUUUCCCCCAGUGUGCAUUUCGUUGGCAAUGCGGGUCUUUGGCGGUUAAUUUUUGAACAUUCGGAGAUUUAAGUGGUUGUAAGCGCCCCAAAUCGCAUAUGUCGAUUAUUGGACACGCGAGGCUACAUGCUCAACACGUUUUCCGCAAGUGCAGCCUUUGUAGAAGGUUGCUUUGGUUAUAGUGCGGUACCGCUUAUAGUGUGGAUAUUCGCGACUCCGGCGACUUACGUUAUAAGCGCUCUAUACUUAUGGGUUUCUUGGAAGGAUAGCUUCGCAGUUAAAGAAAAACGCGGAAGGUCCAGCGCAUUGCUGGAACCUAAAUGACAAGCAGCUUGUUUGAUUUAGCAAGGUAGAAGCAGGGGUGGAUGACAUGAGCACAGCUCUGUAGCUGUCUGUGUUGCAAAAGCGAAGGCAAUGUGCGAUGCUUGCCGAAGGAAGAAUGUCAGAAAAAUAGAGGUGUGUGCACUGAGAAAUAUCGCACGUAUUUACGUGCAAUUGAUGCUGAAUUCAUACCCAUUGCAUCACAAUAGCACUUAUUCUGGGGGAUUGGCCAAGAAAGGACACAUACACCUAGUAAUCCCCCAUAAUCCCCCACAGAAAUUCCCAGUAAUCCAAGGUGUUGCCUACUACACAGGAUGGUAGCUAGGUGGCAGCAAGUAGUCUGUCCGGGCGCAUAACUCUGUGAUCGGAGUGUAUGUGCGUAUAUAGAAGUAUAUGAUGAUGAUGAAAUAAACUUUUAAUUUGCCGAAACAGUGCUCCCGAGCUUGUAAGCUUGGGGUCACCCUAGGCGGGAGGGUUUCUCAGUCCUGGAAUCCUCUGGCCGCGAUCGCCUCAUAUACAUAUACAUAU